AUGGUGCACUUGGCGUAUCAGGAACUUCGCCAGUCAGCAGACCGUCCAAGUUCUGCGACACGCGUUAGAUUUACUUCAUCGAGUGGCUUGGAGAAGGAUGAGUGCCGGACAUGGGAAGGUGCGCUGCUUGGCGGGGGUUUACUGACCUUCCAGAAGGCCAUCGAACGCUCGCAGUUGAUGUGGAUGGUUGGGAAGGUCCAUGGCGAGCCCGAUCGGAUCCCUGUGUCAAUCCCUAUCUGCAAGAGGAAGCAGGAAGUUACCCAAGUGACACCAACCAUUCAGUUUGGAUGCGGUGCCAAGCAGUUACAGAAGGUUACCCAUGUUACUCGUUCCAUACUGGCGCUCGAGGGGAAGCGGAAGGGGGUUGUCAGAAGGCCUACACGAAGUGGCCGUCCAUGCAACCCAUGGGACCAAUGA